UGUGAUCUACAGUUGAUUUCCUAGGAGGAUGAUGGAGUGUUUUGCUGGAUGUUGAUUCUUCUGAGUUUGAAGUGGCUAUGAUUUGAUCGCUUUGAGAUCAAUUUCACCUCAAUUAAAUACGUUUUGGCGAAAGGACGACGAAAGACCAUGGCCCAGGCUACACAGAUGAAUGUCCCCGAAAUCAACACUCCGAUAGCAGUAGAACACGAUAAAAAGAAGCGACAGUUUACCAUACGACUAAAUGGCUCUCAUGACCGUGCGGUCCUCUUGUACGAGUAUGUUGGGAAGAAGACUGUGGACCUGCAGCAUACGGAGGUUCCAGAUGCCUACAGAGGGAGAGGCAUUGCCAAGCACCUGGCCAAGGCGGCCAUGGAUUUUGUGGUGGAAGAGGAUCUGAAGGCUCACCUGACCUGCUGGUACAUCCAGAAAUACGUCAAAGAGAAUCCCCAACCUCAAUACCUGGAGCACAUCCACCCCAUGUGACCCCAUGACGGAGAGGGAGAGAGACUGCAGUAGAAAGCAUGGCCUCAUGCUUUCGGUUUGGAGGACUUUGUGCUCAGUUUUUUUGGGGGGUGGGGGGUGGUAAGGGAGAGACGGGAAGGGGGCAACCAUACUAGAGCUCUCCCUAUCUCUACGGACAUAAAGACUCCCUGUUGGAGAGCAGUGGUAGAGGAACUGUCCGAGUGCCAUUGUCAUUACUCGCGGCCUGUCCUCCAUGGGCAUGGAUGCCACUGUAUGUCAUUGUGUUUGUUUGUGUGUGUGUGUGAAAACCAAGGAAUGUUGCAGAGACUUGCUGCCCCCAAGGCUGUCUUAUUAUCUACACAGUGGCAAGACUAUACAGGAUUCCUGUUUUUUGUACUGUAAGAGGCAAUGUCUCCAUCACGCUUCGGCCGUAUUGCUUUCACCUAUUCUGUCUUGGCUGAUCCUUGAAGAGGAGUGAACAAGGGCAGGGGGAAGGGAACAGCUUUCUGGAGUGGAAUACAACCCUGAUCAUUCGGGUCAGGUCUUUAGUUUCUAUGUUUGUCCUCUCGUCAAAACCAGCAAGACAAAAAACAGCUGUUCAUCAGGACCUUGAUUAGCUGAAUCAGGUGUGUUAGAGCAGGGCAAUAGUGUGCACAUCCAAUAGCUCUCCAGGAGGAGGGUGGCGGGUUGGCCACACCUGGUAGACUUUAGACUAUCAUCAACAUGUAUCCCCCUACAUGUGUUCAGCCUGUCGUGGGCUAGUGAGGCGCUUCCCUCUAUUCCUACUGCCCAAGACCACUCCUCAGUAGGCCUACCUUUCACCUUAAAUGUUACUGUACAGAAAUCUGCUGUGCUAUCUGACAUGAGACAUUGCCAUAGAACCUUCAUCGACAGUGGGGGUGAUCUUCUACUGUCUGUAAAAGCACUAAUUCAGGGCUGUUUUACUACACUUCAAAUCUUGUGCAACAUUUUCUCUAUACAGUUUAAGCAUGGCUUAAGAAAACAGAAAACAAAAGUCAAAUAUCAAGUGACAGGUUUUACCCUUUAUUUUUUAUUAGCUGAGUAUCUUAAACUGCAGUAGGGAUUCUCUCUGGCUUUGACCUAGGUGAGAUGUACUAUUUGGUAGGUGACUGAAUGCAUACUAGUCAGGUAGGCAGUAAAACUGAUGACACUGAGUCUUCAGGGGAUGGUUCUGUAGGCCUACUGUCUGACAGAGAUGGGUAUAAAGUCUGCAGACUGUCAGAUUCUU